CUCCCCAAGUGCCAGGCCCCGCCCCCAGCUCCUGCAUGCUGGGGGAAACCUGCUUCUCUGUGCUUGAGCCUGGCGUUCAGGCGUGCAGGCCCCUCUGCACCGUUGCAAGUUGUUGAGUGGCUGCACAGUUUGUAAGCUGGAGCUUGGCAGAAUGGCUGAGACCUGCAAAAUGAAAUACACAAUGUUGGACAGCCCUUUGGGGAAGAUCGAGCUGUCUGGCUGUGAGCAAGGCCUGCAUGGGAUACGAUUCCUCCGCGAAAAGACCCCACGCCCUGACCCCACAGAGACCCCAGCUAGUCCUGAGUUGCCCAGUGGGCCAGAAGGAAUGCCAGAGCCCCUGAUGCAGUGCACAGCCUGGCUGGACACCUAUUUCCAUGAACCUGCAGCCACGGAGGGGCUCCCCUUGCCUGCUCUCCAUCACCCUGUGUUCCAGCAAGAUUCAUUCACCAGACAGGUGUUAUGGAAGCUGCUGAAGGUUGUGAAAUUCGGAGAAAUGGUUUCUUACCAGCAAUUAGCAGCCCUGGCAGGCAACCCCAAAGCGGCUAGAGCAGUAGGAGGAGCGAUGAGAAGCAAUCCAGUCCCCAUCCUCAUCCCCUGCCACAGGGUGAUUUGCAGUGACGGCACCAUUGGCAAUUACUCUGGAGGAGGGCAGACUGUGAAGGAGUGGCUUCUGGCUCAUGAGGGCAUCCCAACUCGACAGCCACUCUGCAAAGGCUUGGGUCUGACUGAUACCUGGCUCAAGCCAUCCCGUGGCUCCACCAGCUCCAAGCCAUCUGGCCGGAAUUGAGUAACCGUUUGAGUGACACAUAGAUGUAACACGGUGUCGGGAGCGGAUGUGUGGCGGUACCACUAUAUUAAAAGAGCUAGAUGUGUCCUGGGG